AUGUUUUAACAAAAACAAUUCGAUUAUUCAUAAACUCCAGAAGUUUAAUAAUUAUAUUAAGAAUUUUUUUUAUGCUUUUUAAGAAAAACAAAUUGUUCAAGACUUUAUUUAGGGCAUGUCAAGAAUAAUGUCCUUUAUUAUUAAAAAAAUUAUAGAGUAGAAAAAAUUCAAAAUUGGAUUAGGAUGAAUUUCCAACAAUUCAAUUUUGAAUAAUCUGAACCUAAAAUUUUAACUGUAUCUAUGAAGUAUAGAAUAAGGUAAAGGUAAAAUCAUUUUUAAAGGAUUAAAAGCGGCUGA